UAGUUGAGUUUGACUGUGGCAAUGCUUGCCUCAUAACAGGUGGUGGCAGGCCACCUUUAUGCUUACUAUGUAAAAAAGUUGGCCAUAUUAAAAAAAUGUGCCCUAGCUUUUUUAGGAACCAGCCGACAGAUGUCCCAGAAUCGAAGAAUGACCAAGAGGAGCCCAAAAAAGACGAAAGUAACAAAGACAAGACUGAGGGCGAGAAAGAGAAUGAGACGAGGAAUGAUGAUGGUACAGGUGAUGAGAUGAAUGAUGAUAGAACAGAUGAUGAGAUGAAUGAUAUUGAGGUGACGAAUGACGAACAACAACAGCAACAGUCGGACAACAGAGGGAAGAAAAGAAGCCAGGACUCAACUGAUGGUAUGUGUGUUUUCAUUUAUGCGGCUUUGGGAUCAGAUUUUUUUCUUCUAACCUUUCUUUUUAAAGAUAAAGUUAUUUUCAUAUUCAAAUUUCUUAGUUACUUUAUAUUUUACAUAUAUAUCACGUUUUGUCGGACGGGGUUCGGCGGUGAUUCCUCGGGUCGGCUGUUUUUCUCAGGCUUCGAGACAGUCGGCUGGGGGUGUCAUUCGCCGAGGCCCGUCUGAGUCUCACACCUUAUUGGUGGCGUAAGGCUUGGGCCUAUUUCGCGCCACCCCGAGAUUGUGGACUUUACCCACCCAGGAUCUCGGGGUUGCGCGAUCUGGGGGUUUCUUGUCUUGCGUUGUUACAUUGUGAAGAAUUUCUAUUACUUUUUAACUUUUCUAUCUUCUAAAAUUAUAUCAAAUGUAUCUUCUUCACUUUAAAUAAAACGUGAUUCAAAUUCAUUUAACGAUUUAUUAAAUAUAAAAUACCAAAACUUUAUCUUUCGUAAUUACUACUAACAUAUAUUGUAAACCCGGUUUCUUUAUUUGUACCUUUGAAAUACACACGUCUUCUUGAUUAAAUUUCUAGUUUUAUUUGUUAAAUUAAAUACUAUAAUAAUUGUAAAAUGAAUAAAAUAAAAUAAAAUGACAUACAGUGAAACAGGACAUUACAAAAAAAACAUUUACUCAGUACUUCUAUUUCUUAUAUUUUGUUGUUCAGUGUUUAUGAUCUCUCAUGCAUGUUUGUAUGUUCACAAGAAUUAGCAAAGCUAAUGAUUGUGGACAUCGGGCAUGCAUGAGAGUGAUAUGUAUUUAUGUGUAUUUUGUUGUUAAGGUAUCCCAUCCAUGCUUGACGUCCACGAUGGCACGUAUUACGCGACAUUGUUGAUAUCAAGCAUGCAUGGGAUUAACGUGUGUUAUUAAUAAAAUUUAUUGUUAAAAUUCAUAUGUAUAUAUAGAUAUAUCUGUUAAGUUUUUCUCUUUUAGAACCGGGUCCUACUGCUUUACAGUAGGAUUUUUAUUUGUAUAUAUAUUCUGAAUAAAUUUAUG